AUGAGUGCUGCAAUUGCCAUGGCUCCCUCUCCCGCUCCCCACGAAAGAUUCUCCAAUCCUGAAUUGCCCACUCCCUCCACGUCGGCCACCGCCGCCGCUGGCACUUCCCCAUCAGCACAACGCUCCGGCCUCAAUCUUUCAACAUCGCAUGCGACAACUCAAUCCUCUACCAGCAGCAGCCCCAAAGCUGCUGGCCAAGGUAACAAGUCGUCACCCUCUAGCGCCUCCCGAUCGGCUGGCGCACCCCCUAGAAUUAUUGUAAAGAAAGAGCCUGCAUCUCCCAGUAUGACCAACACGCGACCUCGACCGCGCAAACUCGACUUGUCCAAGAACACUCCUAAAUCCAACCAGCCGACCUCGGCACGGCCCAUGACUGCUAGAGACGGCCUGGCUAUCCAAGAAGUUGGCAUUGCCUGCCUUUCUCCCGGCUUUGUAACGCAAGAUCCUGUCAUGAAGGAGCAGCUGCAGCGAAGUAUGUCAGUUAGAGAACAGCAGCGACAUAUCAUCGAAGCCAGACUUCACCAGCAAUCCGCUAAGGGAGACGGACCCGACAAGGACAACUCUCAAUUUGCUGCCAAGACACCCGGCAUGUCUCGACGAAACAAGGCACCUCCUGGCCUCUCCAUCGUUGCCCCUUCUCAUGAGCAAUUCGCCAACGAGAGAGUCAUUCAGUCUGCGCCUCUUGGCCACAGCUUCACUGGACGACAGCAUCCUGCUCCUAUGACCCGACAUAUCGCCAACCAGCCAUCCAACUUGUCGAGUACUUCUCAUAUUCACCAUAUUCCUGCUAACCAGACUGCCAACCGAUUACCGCCCAUCAGCGAUGUCUUUGGCCAAGGACUUUCAGCGCAUCCUGACAACGCUCCCCAGUCUCAAUCUCUUUACCCCGGUGGCCCCAGCUCUCGCGGUCCCUUGACAUCUCCCAGUCACCCUCCGCCUCCUCCACCUCAGGCCCCGACGCCUGGUCGUGGCCGUGAAUACCGAUCUGCCGAGGAGGCUCAACAAGAUCUUGCUGGUGGACGACCAGAGCUUCUCCCCAAACUUGUCCACUAUGGUGGCCAUCAACCCCCAACACCUCCCUCUCCUGCUCCCGGCAGCCGACCCGUUGAUGCGUCGCGAAGUACCAGCAGACGAAGGACCAGAGCCGAAUAUGAAGAUGGCAGCCCACCCCUGGGCCAUGGACCUGCACCUACACGUGCUCGUGGUCCCUUUGGCGCCGGUCGAGACAGCCCCGACACUCAGCGAGCCAAGAAGGAAGAGUUUAUUCGACUGUGUGAACGAGCCUGGGAUCUGUUCCACUCAUAG